AGGUUAAGUUCGUCUAGCAGUGAUCAUGUUACUUGCUAUUAUCAUUUGUUUAUUUUGCAACACAUCUUCGUUAGCAAGUAAGAUCAUUCAAUCGGAAAGAGUGGCAUUACGAAGCGAGGCCGUUCCACAGAGUAAUAAAGGUUCAGAUAGGAUCGUGGGAGGUCGUCUCGCAACAUGUGAGGAGUUUCCCCAUCAGGUCAGCUUCGUCGUUAACAACUCUUACUUCUGCGGAGGAUUUAUCGUCAGUAAUCGAUUCAUACUGACAGCUGCACAUUGCGCUCAAAACGUUGACCCAUCAACUGUAUUACUUCGUUCGGGAAGCACUUUUCGACAGAACGGUACGAUUAUACCAAUAGCUGAAGUUAUUCCUUAUCCUGGAUACAAUAAGCCUCUAUUUGACAAAGACAUCGCCGUAAUGAGGACUGCAAAAGACAUAGAGUUCAAUUCCUGCACACGACCGAUAGCGUUACCUUCAAGAGGAAAACCGUUGCGGGCUGGAAAUACUAUGACUGUUAGUGGAUGGGGUCGGACUCGGCAAGGCGCUUCAACAUUACCGGAUAGAUUGAUGGCUGUUGAUUUAAAUUUAGUCAGUCGUUCUAGAUGUCAAUCUGCCUACAGCCCUUUGCGGAUCACAGAGAAUAUGCUUUGCGCCGGAAACUUCUUCUUAGGAGGGAAGAGUACAUGCCAGGGUGAUUCAGGAGGGGUAGGUACUGUUGAUGGUGUAGCACGUGGCGUGGUAUCUUUCGGCCGGGGGUGCGGGCAGCGGUUUUCUCCAAGCGUGUUUGCGAACCUCGCCUCACCGAACAUGAGGGACUUUAUCAAGUCGCACACGGGAUUAUAAACUUCAAUUUUAUUAACUUUCCUUAUUAUAUGUUUUCGCAGUUUUAACUUAUAUUUUAACCCUUUUUUAGAUGAUAGCUGUUGAGUUAAGCAAUAUAUGGAAUUUUAAGUAAAAAAUUAUAAAAUUUGUCUUAGCUAAAUAAUGGAUUUUACUAUGAAUAUGUUAGGUAUUUAUACAAUUACUUGUAGAUAUUCUCCAGCGGUGACAAUUGCAGUUAAAUUGUGUCAGGAGCUGCAAAGAUGGCCAAGCGCCAAGUGCGCUCUUAACAAAACUAUUUAAUGGUUAGUUCGAAGAGCUCUUAAGAGGAACGUACUGUUACUGCAUAUAUCUUACUUCUUACUUAUAUUAUAAAUGCGAAAGUUUAGAUGGAUAGAUGGAUGUUUAUUAGAGUUUGUAGCC